CUGCAGUUUCUGUAAUCGAACAUCAACGUGUCAUUUUAAUCUUAACCUUAUCAAAAGUACAGAUAAACGUAGAUAAUCUGACUUUCACUCGCGAUAUCACAGAUGAAAUACAGCACCCGUUCCUAGUUUUAGUACUGUAGUUAAUAGUAAGAUGAAUAAAAUUAUUUGUGGUGUAUUAGCUUUCAUUUGUUUGAUCCAGUGUUUGUGUGUGGCGCAAAUAUUGAAGUUUGGAACAUGUCCUGAUGUCAAGACCAUGAAGUAUUUUGAAUUGGAAAAGUUCCUUGGCGUUUGGUACGAAAUAGAGCGGUUCCCGACCUGGUACGAGGACCACGGCGCCUGCGCGUAUAAACGCAUAAACGCCUGCGGGCGACACAUUGAAAUCGAGCACGUGUAUGUAAAAGAUGGCAUCGAGUACGUACUUCAUGUGAACACGACGUAUUCUGCUGGAGACGAGGCUGUUUUCAUCAUACAGGAGAGUAACAUCGAUCCAAUGGGCAUACCAAUAUCAGUACUAACGACGGACUACACCAACUACGCCGUGAUUUAUGGUUGUAGGGACAGUGAAGAAAUGGACCUGAUGUAUAUUUCAGCCUGGAUCGCCUCCCGCUCGUCCACUCUCGACCCCGAGACGCUAGAUAAAGCGCGUCGCGAGCUAAGCUCCAUCCCCUUUGCCAGUGCAGCGUACUUGGAGAGAGUGGAGCAGGAGAAAUGCAGCUUCCACUGGACUGCGCAUGUUGAAGCAGUUAUAGCACAUGUUGAAGAUGAAUCUUAGACAGUAAUUACCUGCUCUACAUAUUUUUA